GCCAACAGACGUGGAUCGUGAACGGCUCCGGGAUAAACUACUGAUUCACUUCCUACGCUCGAGGAACGGAGGAGGGGAGGUCACGUCAGUCACUGUCAUCAAUGCCACACCUGGGUGUGCCCUCAUCACAUUUGAGGAGAGCAGAGGAUUACAACACAGACACACACACAGCUCCGUGCGUCUCCUCUCCUUAAGCCAUCACUACCAUCACUCCUCCCUGGAAUGCGAGACCGGUGUGGCACACAGCUGGAACUCGCUCACCACUCAUCUCCCCGGCCACGCCCUGCUCACCACACAUGGUUUUAUGCAUAGCCAGUUUUCUUCUAUUGUAUGAUAUAUUUUAGAUGUACAAGACUCAUUUUUGCCUGCCAUGCAUAAAAUAAAGUUUUAGCAUAGAAAUGCUUGCCAUUUUCUAAUGUGCUCACUACUUUCUACAUUUCUGGUGCAGCCAUUCAGUUAAUAGGCUGCCAGAUGGCUGGCAAAUAACUAAUGAAGUCUCUGGCUCUUGCAAGCUGGUUGGUCUACCAAGGUCACAAAAUUUUUGUACAGUUGUGUAGUCACUUUGCUGGUAGUGUGUUUUUGUGUCUGGGGUGGGGGGGGGAGGAAUGCAUGUCCCGUCAAGUCUGAUUAAAAGUGAGUUUUCACUGUGCUUGUGUGUGUGUCUUGUAGCAGAGUCAGGUAAGUGUAUCAGUGUUUUUUGGUGAGACAGAGCGAAAAAAAGACAAAUAUUGUGAGUGAGAUGAUUAACACGACUGAACUAAUGAUAAAUUACCAUUAAACAGAAUUAUUUUUCAUUGUUAGUUCAUGAUACAUAAUUAACUAAUUUUAAUGUAUAACACCAUUGUAAAGUUUUACUGAUGCCAUUGUUAAAAAUGGCAAUUUAUUCUCAUAGAAGGAACGUUCCUAACUACAUUUUUGCAAACCGAGUUUUAAGUGAUGCUUUCUACGUUUUUCUGCAUUUUCCUGGUGAAAUUAACACGAGGCACUACAACAACUGUGCGUUUUAUUCACUUUCACACAAAUCACAGGUACAAUGGCUGUUUAUGACUUUAUAAACACAUAUUCUUUGUUCCAUUACUCACACCCUGCUAUGAUAUUAUAUCAAAACACUUUAACACAUCUUUUCAAAAACUAUACAUUUUAACGCUUGUAUUACAGACCCAUCUACAUUUACACACUUAAUUGAAUGUGAUUAAUUUCUGUGGUAGCUCAACUGUGAGUGUUGGACUUUGGACUCGAAGACCCAGCCAAGGAUGCUCGAAAGUGAAAGUGAAGCUAAUGUGCCAUAGAAGUGAUGGGGUUGCUUCAGUAAAUGUGCUUUUAAUGUCAAAUGUGCUCUUAAAACACUUUGUGAGGUUUAGGGUAAGGAUGUCUGUUUUUUCCACCUCUCAUUUAUCUUUUUGAACACUAUUGGCUAGGCUUCGGUUGAAGUUUUAGAUGCGGGAGGUAUGUUUUACUCAUUAGAACUCAUAUGAAGCACAUAAUUUUGGUUUGCAAAAAUGCGGACAUUGUCACAAUUUUCAUGAAAUCAGGCUGAAAAAUUAACAUUAAUGUGCAUUUGUAUGUGUGAACAUUGUAUUUAUAAGUGUGUAAACUGUUGAUUUAAUUUGACUCAAAUUAGGUUGAUUUUCUUCCUCUGGUUUCAUUUAGUGGUCCAAAGUGUACUUCGUCAUCGUCUCCACAUUUUAAAGCUGGAUGGCAGAGAGUAUGAACUCUCCCUGAGUCUCCCAGGCCAAGAGCCCUCGAGUCUGAAUAAGGUGAUCCUCGAUAUGGCUGUGACCGUUGAUUGCAGUCAGCUUCCUCAGGGUACAGAGACUCUGAAUGUACUGUGCUGUAAAUUUCCAGGCCUAAAUAUGCAACCUGACCUAUUACAGCAGACAUGCACCUUUCAAGGCAUCUAUUCUGAGGUUCAGGGUGCCUUGUCUUAUAUGCAAAAGUCCUUAACUUCCAAUCAUCACCUUAUAAGGGCAGAAAGUCCUGAUUUUAGUGGAGAAAGCAGGCAAGCUCCAAAGAAAAAGGAAGACCGUGGGAGUCAAAAGCAUCAAAGAUGGACUAGCUUUGCACACCAGUCACCAGACCUUCAUAUUGGAGAGCUCAGCUCUGUAUCCAUGGUGGGAUUAGGACAAGAGCGCUAUGAACCUCAAGAUAGCACGGAGGCUCUCACACAACUUGAGAGAGACACUGUUUGGACAGAGAAAAGCAAAAUGGAGGAGGGGGAAUUUGCAACUGAUUUGGAAGAUCUUUCACUUAUCAUGGAAGCUGAUGUGUUUGCGUACCUGCAGAGCAACAAAGAGUAUAAGCAAAUACUGCAUAAUUAUGGAGUACAAGUGGUCCAUGUUACAUCUGAGGGGGUCACCACAUUGUACCUGCAAUCAGAGGUCCCAACAGGGUCAGGGGUUAAACAGAACAUGCAACAAGCCCAUAAGGAGCUAAGACAGCUUUAUCAGCAGCAAGAGAGUUGUCUGAGGAAAGACAAGCUACAAAAGAGUGCCAUCUACCUGCCAGGGAGUCUGACUGCAGCAUUAAAAAAAGUGCAGUCAGUACUGCCUAAUGUUCUACUUAGUUAUGACAAGAACAACAUUUAUAUAGUGGGAGAAGGAAGCGAGGUAUCUCAGGUCAAACAAAUGCUGCUGCUUGGGGCGGAGGGGGGUGUUAAGGGGAGCUUGACAGCAAUGCCAACAUCCUCUUCCAGUUCUCCAUCCCCUGAAUCCUUAGAGAGAGGACAACAGGCUAAGAAGAAAAGUGAAGUGAAUACUCCAGUGACCCCUAAAUUGAUUGGCUCUAGCAGUGAACGAAAAGGGGAAGGAGGAAAAGAAUACAAACUAGCAGCUCGGUUUAAGAGCUCAGGGUUGGGUGGAGACCCAAUGAGCAUCACUGCUAUUGCCAACACAUCCAAGUCCAAACCAAAUACAUCCCCUGGAUUCACUUCAACAUUGACAACAGGAGUCAAAGCCUCAAACACAACUGUAAAUGCUCUUUCUGCCAAUAUUGCACAAGUGAAGGCUGCUGCCCCCUCUAAAACAAAACCAGUGCCCACUUCCAAAUCCUCUUUCAGAAGGUCCAAUAGUUUCUCUGGUCAGCCUUACCUUAAAGAGCAGAUGCAGAAGAACCGGAAAACGUCUGGGUCAAUGAUUGAUGCCCAUGUUCAAAGAAUAAGAUCCAAUAGCCUCAGUGGUGGAAAAUUCUGUGAAGAUUCUCUUAUUUCUACAGUGGAAGCAGAACUUACUGUGUCUUCAGUAAUGUGGAGUUACAUGAAAGAGGCCUAUUGCAACCAACUGGACAGCAUGAAAUCUGACUUGGAAAUGUUUCAGAAACAAGCUGACAGAAGUAACAUAAGUGUGAUACUGAAAGGCUCAGAGUCCUCCAAGGUUGCAGAAUGUCAUCGGCAGCUACAGAAUCUCGUGGCUAUGGUAGCCAGUGACUUUUGCUUUCAGGAGUUGCGUUUGGCAGAGCUUGGCGUGGUUGAAAAAGAUGAAUUGUUUGAGGCCUGCUGUUCGAAUGUGCGCUCACGCUUUCAUAAAGUCAUCUUGCACACCUUGAAGGACAGCGUUUUCUUGCUUGGUCCAAAAUUGCUCUGCUCCCAAGUCAGUGGAAUAUUCAAGGAUGUAUUUCCUGGGAAUGAGUCCAAUUAUUUACCACAGAUGAAGACCUUCCAUCAACAGCAGGGUGUAAAUCAAGGAGCAACCAACGCAUCUUUGAGUACAACUGAAGUCCAAAUGAUCAAGCAGUCAACCAAAACCAAUCAGUCUGCUCAAAAUGAAAAGGAAUUGUCUUUUCAGGAUACAAAUCAAAUGGCUUUUUCUAACGAAAAUCUGACCAAAUGCAAGAGUGGGGGUCAAUCGACAAAACUGAAAUCAACUGCAUUGAUAAAGUUCGAGGAACCUAGAUCUGUGACAGAUGAAUUAAGCAAGACAAACUCAAUUAGCCAAUCAGCGGAUGCCAGAGAAGAACAAACAGGGCUAAAAAGUGAUGGGCAAACUUCUUUACCACUCAAGACACACAAGAAAGAAGAUACCUCCAUGAUUUUUAAACAAUCAGUGUCCCAUAACACUUUGGAUCAUUGUGUUUGUGGAGCGAGUGGAACAGAUGUUAAACAGACCAAUUGUGGUGUCAUUCUGUGCCCUGUCUGCCUUCCACUUCAUUCAUACUGCAGUGUGUGUGGAAAAGAAGAGAUUUGCUCUCAGAAGAAGGUGCAGGAGGAUCCAGUGCAUCGUUAUGGCUCGAAGGAUGUACGACAAAAUCAGAUACAUGGAUAUCAGGCUCAAGAGAAGCAUUUAGGGAAAGAGGACAACAAAGAAGAAAAGGGUAUCAAAGGCACUAUGACAUGUUCUGAGAUGCCUUCGAGCCUUGCAGGCUAUCUCCGACACACAACAGCCAAGAUCACAUACUGCAUACCUGAUGGCAUACAGGGGGAUAAGGAACCCUGUCCUGGGUCACCAUUCCAGGGUGGUCUAUUUGAGGCUUACCUGCCACUCAACCCAAAAGGGCGGGAUUUAUUGCCUUGCUUGGAAAAGGCAUUUCAUCAAGGGCUAACCUUUACUGUUAGUUCAAGCGACAAGGACCGUGGUGGAUGUGCAAAAGUGACCUGGGGCAAGAUCCCUCACAAGACCAGGAUGGAGGGAGGGAAAAGCAGGAACGGAUAUCCAGACUCUACAUAUCUUAAUCGCUUGUCUGAGGCACUGGUGGCAUAUGGGAUUGAGUACCUAUGAUUAGUCAAGAUCAAGCUAAAUCCUGACCUUGAGACAUACACAUAUCUUAAUCCUGACCACAAAUAAUUAAAUAAGUAAAUAAUGUAUCAUUUCUUUUUAUACUUUUCUUUCAUGGAAACAGCUAAGUACAUAAACUCUUUUCAGGCGGCAAAAAUAAAAUUGAUCUCAGAUUAGAGAAUUGUGAAAGACUAAGUGCUACGCAAUCUUUUAGUAUACAUAUUUGUACUAAUAUUGUCAGCAUUUUAUACAAUACUUUUGUAAGUUGUAUUGAUUAUAGGAUGCCAAUGAUGCAUCCUAUAUGUACAGUAUCAAUAAUUCUCAAUGUGUUUACUGACAUCAUCGACAUCAUCUUUUAAUAAAACAAUUAUCUUUAGAGGUUGUGUUUCUUAGUCCCUUGAACUAUAGAUGAUUUGUUACAUCUUUUCUAUUUAGCCAAAGUCCAAUAAGAUGUAGAGUAAAAGCAAAAGAUUUUACUGGAAAGAAAUUUACAUGACCGAAAUCUUAUAAUUAUUUUCCUUGUUCCUUCUUUCCACCACACAAGCAAAGCAACAUUCCUACGCUUUUUUCCUUAUACAUCAAAGGAAUCUAAGUGUGUAACAGGGUCAUAUUCAAUGGGGUCAUCUAUCUUUUGAUCUGUCUUUUGUAAAUGGCAGAAGCUGAAGAUUUAAUCUUUCAGAAACAGCUGUGCUGUCUGUUAGGACCUUCUACUUGAUGCAGAAACUGUUCCCUGUGGACAAAACUACCCAGUGGACAGCAUCAUGGAGUACUGGGAUCAACAAAAGCGACAGGGUACAGCUGCCCUGAGUGCAGAAAGACCUUCACACUGAGAUCUUCUCUCAACCAAAACACUGUAAUUGCUACAGUGAUCGGGAGAUUUAAAGAGACGGGUUACCAGUUUCAUCCGCAAACAAAUUGAGGUUGAAUGUGGAGUCUGCAAUAAAAAAAAAACAUAAGGCAGUGAAAUCUGAUUUGUACCGAGGAACCACAAGGCCAUUCAUGCCACAGGGCAUUUUGAAGGUGACGUUGUGCUCACAAUAUGAUAAACUGGGAAUUGACCAAAUUUGAAAUAAUUAUUUGCUUAAUUUGGGUACAUAAAAAAAAAAAAAAAAAUGGAGCAUGAAUGUGUGAAUCAGCAGCUAAUUUGACAUUUUAGAUUCAAUUAAAACUAAUUUUCUGAAUUUGACUAAUAUGUUAAAAAACAAUAUUUAAGAAAAACUGGUUAUCUAGUGAGUUAUUCCUGUGUUUUUACCCAAGGGACUACACUAGAGAUUUAACCCCCAGUGUUAUCUGCUUUCAAAACAGAAAACUUGACUUUGGCAGCAUUCGUAGUUUACCAUUUAAUAUAUUCUGUCUCAUCCAUUGACUUCAAUUUAAUUAAUUCCUAAAAAUUUUCAAGAUCUAGUAUUUAUUACUUUUAACGCUAAAAAUGUGAUUCAAACGCAUAUUUUCUGCCAUAAUAUGUAUAACUAGGAGGACUAUAAUAGAAUAUAAAGAAAUAUAUCAGAUGUUACAAAUAAAAAACAAGAAUUGAAGGGCAUUUUUUGCCACCACAUUUUGAAUUUCAUAAUUUGUGGUGGCAUUUUUGCCCUGAGCACCGCUUAAUUUGUGAUCAUGGUGUAUAUAUACUAGUGUAUAUCAGAUGGUGUCAUCUUAAUUGUUUAAAAACUAAUAGUGAUUUGUGAUUUAUCAUAACUGCAAUUUGAAAAUGUGGAUACAACAUCACUGAUAACAUCCUUACCAAAUUUUUCUUGAUUUUUACCAAUUUCAGUGUAUAGUUUGCACUGGAUUACAGUGCUGAACAAUUGGAUGGUGUAUUUAAUAUUUUAACGCCAAAAAAUAAAAUAAUUUAAAGAGGAAACCGAUUUUCUUUUCUUUCUUCGCCCAUUGGCAAAUAGUUUUGUUCUUGUUCAAGCAUGAACCUCACUAAAUUGUUACAUUUCUCUGAAAACAAAACUUAAAAUAUUAAGUAUAUUUUUCUUGAAAUAAGGAUGUUUAGAUAUCUUUACUGGAAAAUAAGACAAAAUGAUAGCUAUUGUAACUUGGCAGUGUGAUACUGCAAAUAUUGUUGACAAAUUGCAUGUGUUUCUCAUUUGGAUAAAAACAUCUGCUAAACGACAAUGUAAAUAUUGCAAUGGUGUUUUUUUCCCUCGAAAUAAAAAUGCAAAUACUUUGACAGGGUUGAAACACCUGUACCUGUCAAACAUGUUACACUACCCAAACACACCUUUCUUUAUCUCUCACAAAAUACUCACAUACUCCGCACAGAACAUAACUACACAUCUUCAUGUACUCUUCUGAAAUGUAGAGAGAGUGAACGUUGAGUUAUCAGCCACUUCUUAGUGAAAAUAAGUGUGCGGAAUGGCAGAGGAGUGUUUUGAAGACCACAAUCCUUUCAAAUGUUCGAUGUGUCUGGACCCACUCCAGGAUCCAGCUACGAUACCAUGUGGACACAACUACUGCAUUGACUGCUUUAAAGACGACUGGGAUAAACACGGCAGCAAGGACGCAG